AUGUUAUUAAUAGAGAAAAAUCAGAAUAAAAAUGAUCCAUUGUUUCGUAAUCUUCAAUUUAAUUUAUGUGAAUUACAAAAUGAAGAACGUGACAGAAAUAUUAAAAAACAAGACAAUCUUUUCAAUGGAAAAAAUAUCACUAAAAACAAUUUUUGUCAAGAUGAAAUCGAUAAAAUUCUCCAUCAAACAGAUUCAGUAGCAGUUAGUAUUCAAUUCAUUUUAUUAUUCUAUUCAUUUUAUUUUAAGUCAAAUGAAUAUAAUCAAUUAUUAACAAAUUCUGAUCGAUUAUGGAUUAUUACUCAUGUUCAAAAUCGACGACGAGAACGAAAAAGUUUACAAGAUUAUCUUCGGAAAAAUCAUGAAAUAUUUACAUUACAACAUACUCUUAAUAUUAAACAUGAUGAAAUUGAACGUUGGGAAAAUCAUUUACGUCAAGAAGAAAUUGCAUUAGCUAAAGCUGAAAAACAUAUUGUUGAAGAUUUAGCUUUAUUUGAUCAAUUUCUUGAUGCAUGUAAUCGAAGUGCUAAUGAUGCAGCUUUUCGAGUUGAUGAAGAAUCACGUAAAAAAGAUGAAUUAGUCAAUGAAAUAAAACGAUUACAAAAAACUCUUAUUAGUUAUCAUAAUGAUCAAAAUCAUUUAACAGAUAUUUUGAAACAAUCACGUCGAUAUCAACAAUUUCUUUUUAAAUUUGCUCCUAAAAAUUAUUCACUUUAUUUUACUAAACCUGAACAAUUACUUGAUAUAUUCACUGAAAUGGAGGAAAAAUCUUUACCACUUGUUGAAAAAAGUCAAUAUACAUCUGAAAUACUUGAUAAAGUACAUUCAACUAUAAAUAAUACUAUUACUGAACAAAAUCAUGAAGUUGAACAACUUCAGCUCAAAAUAGAUCAAUUAGAAGAAUUAAUUAAACAUGAAAUCGAACAUGAAAUUUCUUGUCAAAAUACUCUCAUACAAUAUAAAAAUGAAAAAAAUGAUCCAUUUAUUGAACAAAUAAAAAAAACUAUUGAAAUCUUAUAUAAAAGACAUGUUAUUUCUGAUGAUAUUGGUAUAUCAACAGUUUAUAUGUUACAAACAAUUGAAAAUAAAAUCAAAUCUUUAUUAAAUAUAAUUGAACAUAUGGAUUCAUCUGCUGUCAUGGAAGCUGAAAAAUUUCGUGAAAUUGCUAUUCGUACGAUGGAACGUCAAGAAAAACUUCGACAAGAAAAAAUAAUGAAUGAUUUAAAACAUCAAAAAGCGUUACUUCGAACAUCAGCACCACCUUUUCCAAAAGUAUUGUAUAUAUGUAUAUAA